ACGGAGGGUAUCGAGAUGGUCUGCCUUUGUGUCUUCAUCCUAGACGUCACAGUGAAGAGCUGUCUGAUAGGACGGGAGGAGUUUCAGAUGAAUAAAUGGCUGAUUAGCUAUGUAAUAGUCAUUGCAGCAUCAGUUAUUGAUUGGAUGUUGAGUGUUAGCAUGAUGUGCAAUGAGAGUUUAAGAGUCAGACGACUGAUUCGCCCAUUUUUCCUCUUGCAAAACUCCACUCUCAUGAAGAAAACUCUCAAAUGUGUCAAAAGAACUCUUCCAGAGAUAGCAAGUGUUAUCCUAUUUCUGGCACUACACCUUUGCUUAUUCACCAUGACUGGAAUGCUGAUCUUUGCCGAAUCAGAUGACCCUAAGAAGAAUGGAGAAUGGAAAACAUAUUUCAAAAACCUGCCACAGGCCUUGUCCUCUCUUCUAGUGCUGCUGACCACAGCCAACAACCCUGACGUCAUGAUUCCAGCGUACUCUCUGAACCGUGGCUAUUCAAUAUUUUUCGUUCUCUUUACUGUGCUUGGAACUUUUUUACUGAUGAAUUUAAUGACUGCUAUUAUUUAUAACCAGUUCAGAGGAUAUCUUCUGAUGUCAGUUCAGACAUCUAUAAUUCGGAGACGUCUGGGUAUCCGUGCUGCUUUUGAGGUGCUGUGCUGUCCGGGACGAGGACACACCAGUAGUCAAUCUGAAGGCCAUCGAGUGGCAGUAAACACCUUUCUGCAGGUCAUGGGUAGAGUUCACAUGAAGUCAUAUCACAGACAAGCUAUCAUAAAGGCUGCUCAACAGUUCCCAGACGGCUUCAUCGACGCCAAGGCCUUCCAGAGGCUCUUCAGUGAGCUGGACAAGGACUUUCUGAAAGAGCAUCCGCCAAAGCCAGAGUACAGUUCUUCAGUCAUGCAGCAAAUCCAGUAUAUCUUCAGUCACUACUAUACUACUGUGCUGGGAAAUAUUGUCGCUUUGUCUAAUGUCUUAUGCAUCUGUACCAUCUUGGUUCUGGAUUCAGAGAAAUCCUCGUCAGAGCGAGAUAACUACCAUAUAGAGAUCAUCAACUGUGCUUUCAUCUUCUACUAUUUCAUAGAGAUGUUACUGAAAAUAGUGGCUUUUGGUUGGAAAGUUUAUCUGUCGUAUAUUAGUAACAUACUUGAUGGAUUCCUCACUGUUCUCCUGCUGUUUCUUCAAAUUGCCACAUUCAUCGCAUACAGGAUUCCCGACUCUAAAGAGGAUCCGGUUCAACAGCAUGUGAUGCCUUUGUGGGAGAUGGUUCGAUUGGUCAACAUGUUGAUUGUUUUACGCUUCCUCAGGAUAAUUCCAGAUAUCAAGUUGAUGGCUGUAAUGGCCAGCACUCUUGUAGACCUGGUGAAGAAUUUACGGGCAUUUGCUGGUAUUCUGUUGGUGGUAUACUAUGUGUAUGCAAUUCUUGGUAUCUGGCUUUUCCAGGGAGCUAUAACCGCCCCAAAAAAUAUGAGUGAGAUCUCAGACUCCAGUUUGGAGAAUGUCACAGGCGCCUUUACCAUGGAUUGUGGCUCUUUUGAACAGCUGGAGUACUGGCCAAACAACUUUGAUGAUUUUGCUGCCUCUUUGGUCCUGCUUUAUAACAUCAUGGUGGUGAAUAACUGGCAUGUUUUUACAGAUGCAUACACCAGAUACACUACAGAGUGGUCUUUGGUGUACUUUGUGGCUUGGUGGUUAACAUCGUCAGUCAUGUGGGUCAACUUGUUUGUGGCCCUUAUUUUGGAGAACUUCACAUAUAAAUGGGACCACUGUAAUGCGUUGUCUGUUGGGGAAGUGGAGAGGAUCGUAUUCCAAAGCACGGUGCAGCUGAUGUUCAGAGAGCAUGUCCAAGAACCGACAGAAGAAGAAUUACUAGCUAAACUCCAACAACACCAUCAUCUCCACCUCGGCUGGUGUCCCUCAGCACAUACACCCUAACUUUCACCUCAUGUGAUGCCUUUUAUACAUACAAGGACAUCAUUUUACUAAAACACACCCAGAAUCCUGCAGGACUCCAUCACGUCUGUGUAGGCCUCAUGUUUACAUAUCCAUCCAUUUCUGAGGACCUGUUUUCCAUUAUGGGCUCUGUGGUGCUUCAGGUUUGCCUGGGAAAGGAUACAUGUGGAACUUCAAUUUAUAAAGAGGCUGUAGAUCACGAAUAUACGUAGUGACUCCAGAGAUCUUACCAUAUAUUUUUAAUUUAUUUUGUUGAGCCUGUUACAAUCUGAAAAAUGCAGAAAUUAAUUAUUUUAAAAACCAUUGAAAACAAAGGGAUUGUGUUAAAUGCAAUAUUGUUAUACUGUUUUUUUAACUUGUUGAUACGCAAUCGCCCGCACGCGGUGGUGACGCCACUCUGCUUAUAUUUAAUAUAUAAUUUACCGUCUAUACAUGUAAUUAAUGUUAACAUAUUAUAAAUUUUUUCAAAGGUCUAAAGGUACGUACACACUGCCAGCGACAUCGCGCGCGACAGCGACUCAAUACCAUUCAU